AUGGCGGCGCUCUGGGGCGCUCCUGCCUCGGGCGGCGAGCGGCUGCAGGCGGCGCGGAGCGGCGCCAGCGCGAGGCAGGAGCGAGCGUGCGUGGCUCGGCGCGUGGCGCGGCUGAGCGAGCGCAGGCGCAGGCGGAGGCUGCGGCUGGCGCGGGCCGCGGCAGGCGCGGCGCAUACGGGCGUGGAGGCGCACGGCAGGGAGCGGCGCUGGGCGCUAGCGCGUCGAUUGCCUAUUCCUGGAGAUGAAGGUUACGAUGAAUGUGAGCUUGAUCGUACUGUUCCUGAAGCAUUUCAGGAAGAUGAGUGUAAUGGACCCUUUGAAGUUGAUAUUGAGAUGGCACUUGACAGAUUAGAUGGUGACACCGGUGAUGUAAUAGUUUCUGAGCAAGAAGAGGAAGGUAGGGGUGCGGAUGAGGAAGAAUAUGUCGCGAAUGUGGAUGGCGAUGGAGAUGGAGGUAGUGGAGAGGGAGAUGGGUGUGAGGACAGAGAAGAGUGCGAGGAUAGAGAUGGAGAUGCUGAGGAGGAGGAAGAGGAGGAUGAAGAGGAGGAUACUGCUGCACAACCUGUGUUCAGAUACUUAUGA